GUCAAAAAAAUAUUCACGUCACGAACGUCGGCCGGGUAUUACGUGUUAUUCGUUUAUUUUAGUACCUAUCUACUUCUUAUAUUUCUUCAUCGUUUUCUAAUUUGUGUUUAUCUUAUUUAAUCGUGUUUAUGUUUUAUUAUUUAUAAGCUAUAUUUACUUACUUUACCGACCGGCGAAGAAAAAAGUGACAUUUGGUUUCUGGCGAACUUUGAAAAAAGUAUAAUUUAAAUUCGGUGAUAAUCUGGUUAAAGUGCGGUCACACAGCACGACGUCCCGCGGCGGCUGUGUCAUUGUGUCAACAUGGACCCUGGUGGCUUGCGUGAGAACAACUCUAACCAGGAGUUGGUGAUAAAUGGCGACAAUGAGUCGUCGACGACGCUGCUGCACGGGAAGACUACAAGGAGGCGGGACACCCUGAGAGACGUGACCUUCACCGAGUUCAUGACGGUCGCCAUCCUCUGCUACAUCAACCUCAUCAACUACAUGGACAGAUUCACACUGGCCGGUGUCCUUGGCGAUGUGAAGAAAGAGUUCAACAUCGGAGAUGACAAGGCGGGCCUACUCCAGACGGUGUUCGUGGUGGCGUACAUGAUCUUCGCUCCCAUAUUCGGCUACUUCGGUGACCGCUACUCCAGGAAAUACAUCAUGGCGUUCGGAGUAGCCCUCUGGACCAUGACGACGUUUCUCGGGUCCUUCUUGAAGGGUUACCACGAGUUUGCGUUCUUCCGCGGCCUGGUGGGCGUGGGCGAGGCGUCGUACUCCACCAUCGCGCCCACCAUCAUCAGCGACCUGUUCGUGGGCAACCUGCGCUCCAAGAUGCUCGCCUUCUUCUACUUCGCCAUACCCGUCGGCAGCGGCCUCGGGUACAUAGCGGGGUCGGGCGCGGUGGCGGUGUUCGGCGACUGGCGCUGGUGCCUCCGCGUGACCCCACUGCUGGGAGUGGUGGCGGUGGCUCUAAUAGUGUUCCUAUUGGUGGACCCGGAGCGAGGCCAGGCCGAGGACAGCCACAUGAAGGCCACGUCCUACAGGGACGAUCUGCGCUCGCUGGUUAGAAAUCCAUCGUUCAUGCUGUCGACGAUAGCGUUCACGUGUGUGGCGUUCGUGACGGGCGCGCUGGCGUGGUGGGGGCCGCAGUUCAUCUACCUAGGAUUGACCCUGCAGCCGGGAGUCGACAUCUCUAUUGAGAGCGUGUCGUACAAGUUCGGCGUGGUGGGCAUGCUGGCGGGCUCGUUGGGCGUGCCGCUGGGCUCGGGCCUGGCGCAGCGCCUGCGCGCCGCCGCCCCCGACAUCGACCCCAACAUCUGCGGCCUGGCGCUGCUGGCAUCGGCCCCCCUCGUCUACCUCGCUCUGGUCGCCGUACAAACAUACGCCGCACUCACAUACCUACUCAUCUUCCUUGGGAUGCUCACCCUCAACCUGACGUGGGCGAUCGUGGCGGACAUGAUACUGUACGUGGUGGUGCCGCCUAGACGAUCCACGGCGGAGGCGUUCCAGAUUCUAAUAUCCCACAUGUUCGGUGACGCCGGUAGCCCCUACCUCAUCGGAGUGAUGUCCGAAGUCCUGAAGAAAUCCCUGAACCUGGACGGCGGCGAAGCGCCCACGCAGCUGGUGCAGUUCAAGUCGCUCCAGUACGCUCUGUUUAUAACCUGCUUCGUGGAAGUGCUGGGUGGGAUAUUCUUCCUGCUAACGGCUAUAUUCAUAGUGCGGGACCGACGCAACGUCGAAAAUGCUAUUCAUGUUGCUUCAAAAGUAAUUUAGUUUUUGUUUAGAAGCUGAAACUCAGAAUGCGGAGCCUUCCCACAGUAACGCGCAAGAACACAGCACCAGUAGUCCGGAAGAGUGAUGUGAAUAAUAAUGAUUACCAUGAACUAUUGUCUCGAUCCGGUUUACCAUGUAAACCAGUGUGUGAACGAGUCGAGUAUCGUGUGUUACACCUACUUACUACGCGUCCCAGUCAAUUUGUAUGGAAAUAAUUUGAUUGAGACUCUCGGAGAAGACUGAUUCGUUAGUAUGUAUACAUGUAUGGGUAUGUAGGUACAAUAAUGUUAGUAUGUAUUAUAGCGAUCGUGUGAGAUGUAUGGUAAAUUGUAAUGGAUAGUAAGAUCUUAGGUAUCAAAUAAAGAACUUACAUACAAUGAACAAGAUAACGUGCCUCAUUAUCAUAAUUUUCCGCUAGUUUUACAGGAGUGUUUACAACGAAAUAAGGUUACUCUAAACUAUGAAUCAGUCAAUGCAUGGAUUUAUGUCGGUUUCUAAAUCUGUUGUACGGCACUCGUUUUAAUAUGCAAAUUAACUAUUUAUUAUUUGUUCUAUUUAUUGAUGAUUUAACAGUAAACUUUGAUUUUGUGAGUACGAAAAUUAUGUGUAUCAUCUUGCCGACAAAGUACACAAAUAAACUCUAUAAAUGAUUAAAUAAUGUUAUCAAGAAGCUUGCAGUGUGUUUAUAAAUGUAUAAAACUAGCUGUUUUGAAGUUAUCAAGACUGAAAUAAUUUAAUGUUUGUUUAGGUUACGUUACAAAAUUACAUUUGUAAAUAUGAAGGGAUAUUAAUUAUAAAUUAUUUUUCAUA